UUAAACCCUAAGUUAUUGUUGUCGAUUCCUUUUUAUUUCCCCGACUCCUCUUCCUCCGCCGAAUCCUCUCCUCUCUUCCUUCGUGAUUCCAUCUUCUCCUAUGUUUUAGCCGACGUUGCCAUCCCGACACCAUCGCCGAUUUUCCGUUCCCUCUCAAGCCGCACCCGACGACUCCUUCUCCCUCAAGCCACAGCCGCCGGCUCUCUUCCUCCCUCACGCGAGCACCAGAGACGUGCCACGGUACCCGAUCGCACGGCGUUGCUCAGGCCGCCGCUCGCCGGAGCCUUCUAAUCCCUCGACCUCUCAUCGACAGCUUCGCCAGGUACACCUCUUCUCAGACCCCUGCUUCGCAUAGCCUGAUCUUCAGCGAAAGGGUGGGAAAGCCGAGCCCUAGCAUUGAUUUUCUCUCACGAUCGAUCCACCGUCGACAACCAAAUCCGAGUGCCUUCUCCACCCCUGGCCUCUUCCUGAUCACGUUGACGGGGUGUCGACAUCGGCAGAUUUGCUUCCCUCUUGCUGCUCCAUCGCAAACGGGGUCCCGAUUAGGUGCCACCACCGAAGGGCCACCAUCCAAGGAAUAUUGAUAUUGAAGAUGGUGUUCUCACAGAAGCCUGUGAGUGAUAUUUGUUGCUUCAGCAGGCUAUCUUACAACAUCAACUCCAACUAUGUUUAUGGUUCACGAGUUGACUCACGGAUGAAACUUUUGGCAGUUCACAUAGAGUGCCCAACAAAGCUCUAUCUUUACCAUGAUUCACAGAUUGAUAGAUCUCCUCCACUUCAAAUUUCACAUAUUAGUCCACAACUGAAUGGUGGUCCCAUAGAUAUAAUUGAGGGAAGCAUCAAAACUUUCUGUGGUUCUCGAAAGUCGAUGACCACUGAAUUCGCUAAACCAAUGUGGUUAUCAACUUCAAACAUAAAUGGUUCAAUGUUUGAUGGGUACUUUGUGGACUGUGAUGAGCUGUCCAACAAUGACAUCCUGCGCAAUUUCUGCAAAAAAGGGAAAAUCAUGGAAGCUUGCAGUUUGAUUGAUGUUAUGGCGCGAUUGAAUCAGGUGCCAGAUUUCCCAUCUUGUGCAAACUUGAUCCGUGGUUUGGUCAAUAAUGAUAGAAUUGAAAAGGCCACUCGUGUUCUUAAUAUCAUGAUUUUUUCUGGUGGGGUUCCAGACAUUAUUACAUACAACAAAUUGAUAGGUGGUCUUUGCAGGAGAGGGCAGCUAAAUGCUGCUAUUAAACUUGUUGAAGAAAUGAGUUUUUGUGGUUGCGAUCCUGAUGUGAUAACAUUUAACAUUUUGUUUAGAUCCAUGUUUUCCAUCGGUAAGUAUGACGAGGCAAUCUGGUUUUGGAAGGAUCAGCUGAGAAAAGGUUAUCCUCCAUAUCUUGUUUCUUACACUAUUCUUCUUCAACUUGUAUUCAAACACUGUGGUAUAUUGAGAGCUAUUGAUGUUAUGCAAGAUUUAAUCUCAGAAGGAUGCUAUCCUGAUCAGGUGACCUUUAAUUCUCUCCUCAAUUUAAUCUGCAAAGGGGGCAACUUGGAUGACGCCAAAAUCAUUAUGGCUGGUUUUACGACACAUGGUUUAGAACCAAAUGCAAUAACCUAUAACACGAUACUUCACUGCUUCUGUAUGCAAGGACAGUGGGCUGAAGCGGAUGAUAUACUAUUGAUCAUGAAGGAAGCUUCAUUUACACCAACUGUCGUUACAUACAAUAUCUUAAUUAACAGUUUGUGUAAAUACCAGAUCCUUGAUAAAGCGAUUGAUAUCUUGAUUAUGAUGACGAAUGAGGGUUGUUCACCUGAUAUUGUCACUUACAACACUCUUCUUGCAGCAAUGUGUAAACUGGACAUGGUAGAGCAGGCUUUAGAUAUACUUCAUAUUUUGAGGGACCACGGAUUUUCUUUGGUUGUCAUUACAUAUAACACCUUGAUUGAUGGACUGGCAAAGAAGGGGGAGAUUAAGAAAGUGAUGUCUUUGUAUAACGAGAUGAUAGAUGAUGGAAUCACUCCCGAUGACAUAACCUAUGGUUCACUGGUUAUGGGAUUUUGCAAACAAGAUAUGGUCGAUGAAGCAACACUGGUGUUGCAAGAGAUGGUUAAGAGAGGUUGCAGGAUUAGAGGCAGUACUUCUACCCUUUUGAUAUGGUCGUUGUGCAGAAAUGGAAAGCUGGAUACAGCAGUUGAAAUUUUGAGUACUAUGGUAUCAAGAUGUACCAAAUCCAGUAAAACGUUUUACAAGGCACUAGUUAAAAGUGUUGCUGACUCUGGAAUGACUGAGGCAGCUACGCGGAUGUAUAAGAUGUUAAUUGAGCUCAAAGUUCUUGAAGAAGACUGAAUGUAGAGUAGGUUAGAAAUUGUAGGUUCAUUUUGAGUCUAUUGCAUAUCACUCCGUUUACCACUUCUAGACUAGCUACAAUUAUUUCAUUUGAUACUUCUAAUUGAUCUGUUUUUGUCUU